GCGGCAAGCGCUUCUGGCCGGGGCGGCUCCGCCUCCACUUCCUCCGCCUCCUCCCUUCUUUCCUCCCGCGGCUGGUUGACCGGCGGCUCGAAGGAAAGAAGGCAGGCAGGCAGGCAGGCGAGCUCUUUCCUCACACCUUCCGCCACCAUGAGUGGCCCAGGAGCCCUGGCUGAGAUGCCUAGACAGUUCCCCAGGCUGAGCAUUUCUGAGGUUGAUGAGUCAGUGCGACUUCUAGCUGAAAAGGUUUUUGCCAAAGUUCUUCGAGAAGAAGACAGCAAGGAUGCCUUAUCACUAUUUUCUGUGCCUGAAGACUGCCCUAUUGGGCAAAAGGAGGCAAAGGAGAGAGAGCUGCAGAAGGAAAUGGCAGAACAACAAUCUUUGGAGACAGCCAAAAGGAAGAAAAGUUUCAAGAUGAUUCGAUCCCAGUCCUUGUCAUUACAAAUUCCAUCGCAGGAAUGGAAACCUCCAUCAGCCACUCCAGCUGUGUCUCCUCCUACUCCAGUUUGUCCAGGUGCUCUUCAGACCAUCCAAGGGACAUAUGAUGUGCCAGAAUUUCAAAGAGUUGCAAUUAAUGGGGAUUACUGUGCUGGGGUUAGUGUUGAUGAUUAUGAACAGGCUGCCAAGAAUUUAGCAAAAGCUCUGCUUAUACGGGAACAGUAUUGCCGCCUUGCUUACCAGCGCUUUCCAAGGACAACAGCGCAAUAUUUAUGCACAAUGAGAAAUGAAAAAUGGAAAAUUGAAGAUGAGGUAGUCCCAGAUUUCCAUCCACCACCAAAAGAACUUCAGGAUCCUUAUAAUCUUGAUGAUUCUCCUGGGAACUUGGAUUAUGUUUUUAAAAUGAAGGAAGGCGUUGUCUUGAUUUAUGAAAACAAAGAAAUGAUGGAAAACGAUAAGCCAUGGAGUUUGCCUUAUCCUGAUCUUCAGACGUAUACUCUCAGCCUCAGUCAUGUGCUGGCUCUCAUUGCUGAUGGCCCAACGAAAACAUACUGCCACAAGCGACUUAACUUUCUAGAAUCUAAAUUUGGUUUACAUGAGAUGUUAAAUGAAAUGUCUGAACUUAAAGAACUGAAGACUAAUCCCCAUCGGGAUUUUUACAACGUGAGAAAGGUUGAUACUCAUAUCCAUGCUGCUGCCUGCAUGAAUCAGAAACAUUUGCUGAGGUUCAUUAAACACACUUACCAAACUGAGCCCAACAGAAUAGUAGGCGAAAAAAAAGGCAAGAAGAUGACUUUGAAGCAGGUGUUUGAAUGUCUCCACAUGGAUCCCUAUGAUCUCACUGUAGAUUCAUUAGAUGUUCACGCAGAUCGCCAGACAUUUCAUCGAUUUGAUAAAUUUAACUCCAAAUACAAUCCAGUUGGUGCAAGUGAGCUGAGAGACUUGUAUUUGAAAACAGAGAAUCAUCUUGGUGGUGAAUACUUUGCUCGUAUGGUGAAGGAAGUUGCCCGGGAACUAGAAGACAGUAAAUACCAGUACACAGAACCGCGGUUGUCUAUUUAUGGACGUUCUCCAGAUGAAUGGCAGAAUUUGGCUAAGUGGUUCAUUAGACACAAAGUUUAUUCACCUCAUAUGCGCUGGAUGAUUCAAGUCCCUAGAAUCUAUGAUAUAUUUAGGUCAAAAAACCUUCUGCCUAGUUUUGGAAAAAUGCUGGAAAAUAUCUUCUUACCCUUGUUUGAGGCAACUAUUAACCCCUUGGAUCAUAAAGAGCUUCAUCUCUUCCUCAAAUAUGUUACAGGGUUUGAUAGUGUGGAUGAUGAAUCCAAGCACAGUGACCACAUGUUCUCUGAGAAAAGCCCCAAUCCUGAUAUUUGGACUAGUGAAAAGAAUCCUCCGUAUAGCUAUUACUUGUAUUACAUGUACGCAAACAUCAUGGUUCUCAACAAUCUUAGAAAGGAGAGAGGCAUGAGCACUUUUCUGUUUCGGCCUCAUUGCGGAGAAGCUGGAUCAAUCACUCACCUGGUGUCAGCCUUUCUCACUGCAGACAACAUUUCCCAUGGAUUACUCUUGAAGAAGAGUCCAGUUCUCCAGUAUCUUUAUUAUCUUGCACAAAUCCCCAUUGCCAUGUCUCCUCUGAGCAACAACAGUCUGUUCCUGGAGUAUUCCAAAAACCCAUUACGAGAAUUUCUGCACAAGGGACUCCUUGUUUCGCUCUCAACAGAUGAUCCUAUGCAGUUCCACUAUACAAAGGAAGCAUUGAUGGAAGAAUAUGCCAUAGCAGCUCAAGUAUGGAAACUGAGCACUUGUGACUUGUGUGAAAUAGCAAGAAACAGUGUUCUACAAAGCGGUUUGUCACAUAAGGAGAAACAAAAAUGUUUAGGAGUAAAUUAUUGCAGUGAGGGGCCUGAAGGAAAUGACAUUCGGAAGACAAAUGUUGCACAGAUUCGAAUGGCUUACAGAUACGAGACCUUAUGUAACGAGCUGAGUUUCCUGUCCGAUGCGAUGAAAACAGAAGAGAUCACUGCACUGUCAAAGUAGUCACAGCUACAAAACCCAUUAAUUUUGCACAACUGCCAGAACAGAAGCAUAUGAACACAAGAGAGAACCUGAGCUUUUGCAACACUGAAAGCUAUCUGGUGUACAGAACGAUUGAUUCAUCCGACUUGCAGGAAAGCCAGUUUCUGCCAAUUCUUGGCUUAGGUAGCACUCCUGUAUAUAUACAUAUAGAUGCAAGCUCACAACUGUAUUCUUUGUGCUGCGUUUGCAUUUUGAAGUGCACUCUGAAUCUAGUGAUGAAUAUUUAUAGGGUUGCAUUUAGGAUAUGUAACAUGCUUUGAAAUUAGUGGUGUUGGGGACAACAGCCUUUGGUAGCUUACAUGUACCUCUUUUGCUGUGCUUAGUGGCAGGCAAAAAUCUAAGGCACUUUAAACUGUAAUCUCUAGUUAGAUUUCAGAUCAGUGACUGUACACUGUACUGUAGUGCCCCCAUUUCAUGGUGGAGGAUAUUUAGCAAAAAUGACGAUUCAUUUUGGAAAGUAAAGGAAUAUGACCAAAGAGCUGCAUGGGUUUUUUUCCUGGUUGCACAUUAUAGGAAAAUUUAUUCAGCAGUAUACUUGGACUGUGUUUUGAUUUCCCCUCCGCAGUUUCACUAUAAUGUCAUGAUAAUUCAUUUUAUAGCAUUGUGGAAUCUUUUGUAACCUUUUUGGUGAAUGCUUGCUGUCAUCAUAGCAUUGUGCUGAUUCAGUUGUUUUUGUGGUGUUGAGCUGGGUUCGGCCUUGGGAUAAUCACAUCACUGCCAUGGUGAUAAGCCUUAGAAUAUAUAUGCUAAUUUCAUUUUCAAUGUGCAGCCUUGAAAAUGAGCAUACUUUUCCCACAAACUUCUCCUGUGUGCCAUGAAGUUCCAGGAGAUGUUUCUUUGUGCUUACUGAAGAACUGUGAUAUUUUUGUAGCAUUUAUUUGUUUACAGAUAUGUGGAUUUAACUGUUUUUUGUUGAAAAUUCAAGCAGGCACAUAAAUGGCAGGUCUAAUUUUAUAACCUCACUAGCCAAAACAGCCUCAAGGAUAUUUGUCGCAAACAGAUUCCAAAACUCAACUUUUUUCUGGUCAGUCAAACCGCCAUGUACUUAGGUGUGAUAUUCCUUUUUAGUUUUGAUUGGUCAUAUGUUAAUCAACAAUAAUUAAAGGCCAAGACAUAUCACAGUUAAAGAGGUGCUUCUGUAGAAGGACUGUAUGACUCAUUCCGUUGCUUGUGCAUUCAGGUUGUUUCUAAUUUACAGUGACCGUAAGAUGAACCUGUUAAGUUUUCUUUGGCAAGAUUUGCUCAAAGAGAGUUUCACAUUGCCUUCCUCUGAGGCAGAAAAAGUCACCCAGUGGAUUUCCAUAGCUGAGCGGGGAUUUCAAUCCUGGAGUCUUUGAACAUAUUAUAAGAUGACUUGGCUCACUACACAGCUAAGUAGAAAGCAGUCAGAAAAGAAGACUGAAUUACAGGUGGAUUGGCUCAAUCAAGGAAGCCGAGGCACCGAGUUUGGAAUAUUUGAGUGGAGUAGUUGCUGACCAGGGAUCCUGGAGGUCUCUUGUUUAUAACAUUGCCAUAAGUCGAAGUUAACCUGACAGAAGCUAACUCCUGGAGUCUGUUCCAAAACUAGCCAUUGUAACACGUUGGCUCUCUGUGAUCCCUAACAACUGCCUAAACUGGCGUAUAAAUGAAUUAGGAACAUUGUUUGCUUUAUCUUCACUUUGGUUGAAUUAUAAGAAAACAUUUCACCUGGUAGUUUCAUUAUGGCAUAAAACCAUUACAACCAGAAUUCAUGAUCAGAGUAGUUUAAAAAUCAACUAUACUAUUUGUAUUUUGUCCACUGAACUAAAUUAUGUUUUGUGUUCUAUCUCAGUGAGUAUCUUGGUUUGAUGCUCUGAAUUUGCAUUCUUCACAAGCUUAAAACUUAAAAACAAUCUAUCAUCAAAUCAUAGACUCAUAGAGCUAGAAGAGACCUCACGGGCCAUCCAGUCCAACCCCCUGUCAAGAAGCAGGAAAUCACAUUCAAAGCACCGCCGACAGAUGGCCAUCCAGCCUCUGUUUAAAAGCCUCCGAAGAAGGAGCCCCCAUCACACUCCAGGGCAGAGAGUUCCUCUUUAAUCAUAUCUCAUGUUGGCAUAUCAGAUUGUUCAUAUGAAACACAUGUCUGUGCCUGUAACCAUGAUGUUUACAUCUUGAGCUACCAUGAAUCUCAGUUUUGUUGGAAAGGAAGGAUAUAAGUAAACCAAUGUAAUACAGGAAGCUCUGGCGUGGGCUGGUCCAUGAGGUCACGAAGAGUCAGAAGCGACUGAAUGAAUUAACAAAAACAAAAUGUAAUACAAUUAUGACAGUUUUUCAUUCCCUUCCUCAAAACUGUAUGACACAAAAAGUAGUGUAGACUUGUGUGUGCAUCUAUAUGCCAUUGUUCUCUGUGUUGUUUUAAAUACCAAUUGAAAGAUAUAUAAUAAAAUGAAAGAUAAUGGUACCAACUCAGAGUUGGUGAUUUGAUGCAGUGGAUAAAAAACUAAAUUGGUUUUUCUUGCCAUGAGCAGGCAUUUAUAACUAUACGAAAGCUACAGAGGCUUGAAUCCUGUUAUAUAUGUAUGUGCCUUCAAAUCGCCUGGCGACCCCAUGAUUUUUUCUUAGAAUUUUCUUAGGUAAGGAAUAUUCAGAAUUGAUUUUGCUUGUUCCUUCAUCUGAGAUAUAGCCUGCAGCACUUUGUGGUCUCCCGUUCAAGUACUAUCCAGAACUAUCCUGGCUUAAUUCCAAGAUAGCACAGGAUCCAGUGCCUUUGGGGUAUUUAGGCCCCUGAAUCCUGUUGGAUAGUCCAAACGAAGUAGUCCAUUGAAUGAACAGUUGAAUGGUGAAUCAGCACACAGAAAAAUCCCAUUGAUUCAAUGUUUCUACUCCAUUUGGGACUUAAUAGCAUUCAGGUUAAGAGUUUUCAGUUUUUUAUUGCUUCUGAUCUAGCUGCUUAAUUACGUAGUUGUGUGAAUAUGCUCUAGAAAACAUUUUGCACAAUGACAUGUAUAAUUGAGUGUUACCAUGAUUGUUAAUAUAAUUUGACUUUAUGAAUGCAAGAAAUUUUCAUUAGAUGAUUUUGACCCAAAGUCAGUUUAGUGACAAAUACAGUUCUUCUGAUCUGAUGAGAGCAGCUUUUGAUUACAGUUGUCCUUCCACAUUUUCGGGUUUAAUUUUCAUGGAUUUGAUUAUUCAUGGAUUAUGUAGUGCCACCCCCAUGGUGACCCACACCAUUUUAAAUAAGAAGUGUGAUAAAACGAUUCCAGUUUGAAUUGUAUUCAAUUCAUCUGGCUUAAUCAGUAGUAAAAAUGUUGGUUGUUGGGAGAAAAUCAAACUGGCAGGAUUGUUGAGCACAGCCACACAUCGUUUCAUUCACUCACUCAUGCAGGCAGGGAAAAGGAGAAGGGCGUGCAAGGAGGGAAAAUGAACACGUUUCAUCACUCACUCAUUUACAUGGCCUGCUGGGGAGGGGAUGGGGUGAGGGAGUGAGCAGAGGAAGCUGGGCGAGGAAGGGGAGGAAGAGAGCACGGGGUCGGCCGGUGGGAUCCCUGGGGUGGGAGAGCAAGGACAGCAAGAAGGGGCUACAGCAGCUGGCCUAAUGGUGGUGCCACCCCUCCCUUUUGCCUCACAGAUACCCACACCACUCGACCUCCCUUCUCCCACUUUUCCUGUACCAUUCUCUUCUUUCCACUCACCAACACAUGCACAGCCAGACCCAGUCACCCUGCCAGUACAGGUGUGUGUGUGUGUUAAAUAUAAUUUGGGAGAUAUUUGCAGAUUUUCACUUUCACAGUACCCUGGGUCCCUAACCUCUGCAAAAGUGGAGGGCCAACUAUAAUCUUGUUUGAAGAAUCAGGAACCGUAUCCACUAAGUCCUACAACGACAGUUUCCAGAUCUGAAGAGACAGUCAUCUCUUAGGGUGUAGUAGAAAAAAUGAGUCAUAAAUUAUUUUCUUUCUUGGUUGAUGAGAUUACUGUCAGUUUUGAUGAUGCUAAAUCAGUUUGUUAGUCCAUUAGAAUACACCCACUAAAUAAAUAAGAGUUGAUUUUCCAGGCUCCAGUUCAUUCAGUUAAUCUACUCUAGUUGGUUUUAGGCCAGUGUCUGUUGCGUAGGAAUUCCAUAAUUUUUUGAUCAAGUAUGAAUGUGCAUGAGGAAAAAUACUAGUUGUAAGCACAACACUGUCUGAAAGUAAUUCUUCUAAGCUAUAUAUUUUUCUUAAAUCAAUAAUUUUUUAAUCUUGCUUGAUCCAGUGGCAAAAGGAGACUUCCUCUCAUUAAGCUUCUGUUUCUCCUAUUCUGCUUCUAUCACAUGCAGAAUGGUAAUUCUAAGAUUCUUGUCUUGCCUCUUUAAGUUGAGCUAAUAAAGCUAGUCAAACCAUACUAUAAAAACAAUUACAAUAAUUUAUCUCAACUCUUAAUUUGAAAUGGAUUUGCUGUAUGGUAUGGAGAAAUAUUCGUUAAGCAAGCACUAAAAAUCCAUCUCAACACUUGAAGAUUCCCUUGCUCUUUUGAGGUAUUUUAUACUGUAAUGGCUUCAUUAAUUUUAUUGUAUGAGAUGAAACCUUUUCUACUUUUCUUGCACAAUUUUACCUAAAUGGGUUUAGAGUGGUUUCACUGGGCUAACUUCAGUGUUGUAUGAGGUACUUGCACCACAGUGAUGGACUUAUGGGGUUUAUUUCCCUCCCCUUUAGUCCUUCCCUCUACAGUCCUUGGUGCCACCUAAAAUGGGCUCUGUGGGGUUGUCUAGCACUCCUGAGCAUGUUCAUGGGUUGCAAUGACAGGCAGCAAUGGGGAAGGAACAUUGCCACCUUCUAGUCAAAGCAGUUCUGUCAUCUAAUGUACCUUGAUGGAUCCUAGCCAUUCUGUCUUCUUCAAUGAGGCUGCGUGAGCAAAAACAAUGUAUUCUUUACAUUUUCUUUCUUCUAGUUUUCUGUUUGCACAAAUUUGUUAGAAACCAUUAAAAAAUCUUAGUUCUCCCAAGAUAGUUUGUAACCAAUUUUUUUUAUUUUGAUUCUCUUUAGAAUGAUCUUAAGUAUCUGUAAUGCUCUGUAUGGCAUCCUUACUUCCCUUUUUACUGAGAAACCUGAGAUGUACAAGGCUGUCCUAUACACGUAUAUUCAACAGCAGGAUCUAUUUAAAAUUAGUUGUGUUAGACAAGAAGAAAGCGCCAGAAGGUUGUCAUUUAUUGACUCCUGUAAAGUAACAAUUAAAAUGCUUAAUGCUAUUAGCACAGUUUUUUCAUUCUCACAAUCUUUAAUAAUAAAGGGCAUGUUGGGCACAGAGAAAGGACUCGCUCACACAUUUCUGAGUCCUGUUUUCAUUCUUCAGUCCUAUUUUUAGAUAAAACACGGGAUUGUAUACUGGGAAAUUUGAGCAGCUAUUUUAAGCAUACUUGUGCCUGAGUAAACUUGGUUUAGAUUGCACUGUUAGAACAAAUUUCAGAUUUUUUGUAAUGUAUGUUGUAUAACAAAGGGAUGCCCAUCCCUUGGACAAUCACUGAAGGCCAAGUAUUUUCUUGAAGAGACACAUCUUUUUAUUGUAAUUAGCUAGGUUAACUCCUCCUCCCCCGUUUUUAAUAAGUGUCUAUUCCAUAUGACAGUUUAAGGCAUUGGUUCUGUCUGCAGCAUUUGUGUGCUGGAAUAUGAAGCUAUAAACAAUUGACACGUUAGUUCACUGGAUCUAUUUUAAUGGGCAAUUUAAAGAUUACCUUAUCUUUCAAUAAGGAAAAAUAGCUUGUGUUGAAAACUGAUGUAUUAUGCUGUGUAAGAAUUUGAAGGUAUGUAUCAUGCAGAAGUAUAUUAUAACAUUAAAGUUACAUGAAAUACAUUAAAAGUGCAUUCAGAAAUAGUCUUUGUGUUUUUCUCAUUCCAGUAACCAUACCUAAAAGGGUGUGUGUGCGCAUAUUGCAAAUGUUGUGUCAUGUUAGAAAUACUUUAGAACAGUCGUUCUCAACCUGUGGGUCCCCAGGUGUUUUGGCCUACAACUCCCAGAAAUCCCAGCAAGUUUAACAGCUGUUAGGAUUUCUGGGAGUUGAAGGCCAAAGCAUUAGGGGACCCACAAGUUGAGAACAACUGCUUGUAGAAGAAGAGGUGGCAAUUUACCAACUGAUGCCUUGCUGGCAUGAACAAAAAGCCAAUUUAGGCUGGCAUUGUUCUCAAAAUUGCCAAUGGAAACACCCAGCUAAGAUAAUAGCAUUCUUUCACUUGUAUUUGCAACCAAAUCAGAAGUACGCUACAACCUGUGUAACUGUGUUCACUGCAAUCUUGUUAGCCAGAGCAUUAGCACUUUGCUGUAUUUUUACACUUGGGAAUACAUAAACCAAAGUAUUAUAUUCACUGAAAAAAACUUGUAUGCAUAAUGUAUUCCAAAGGGAAAUAAAACAUUUCAAUGUAAAGGUUUUAGAUAUAAAUAUAUUGAGAGCUGGUAUGGUAUAGUGGUUUGAAUGUUGGACUUGGACCUUGGAAGACCAGGGUUCAAAUCUCAACUCAGCCACGGAAACAUGUAAGCACAGGAUGCCUUCCUGCAGAGGUAGAAAUAACAUGAAAGAAUGGAAAUAGGUUCCUACACGAUAAAAAAAAACACAGAUCAACAUGUUUUGGUGAUUUUUAAUUCAAAACUAAUGUGCACAUAUGAAAUUAAACAGGCAGAUCAGGUAAACUUUGCAAAGUAAACAAAACUAUUUUGAAUCUUCAACAGAUCACUUAAAAACUUAUUUCAUCCAAUGUUUGUUUUAUUUCAGAAGCCUUCACUUUCCUUAUGAUUCUCCUUUUGGUGGUGAAACUGAUAAGUAUAUGCUUUCCAAUAGGUUGGCUGAUAAGGCAGGCUAAUCUGCUCCCCUCUCCUUGUUUUGCUCUGCAAACAUACUUAAUAAAUGAUUGUUUUAGAGGUCAACCUGGGCUUUAACCGGAUUGUCUGCCACGGCAAUAGAGACUGUAAAGAAAUCACAAGGAUCCAACAGCCUCCAAAGGCUGGUUAUCUUAAUGGCCUCUAGGUGAGUUUCAGUGAGUCGAAAACCCACCAGUCAUUGAUCUCUCCAUGACAACAGAGCUAAAGCUCCUACACCCAAGGUCACAAUCAUCCCACUUAGCACAAAUCAUCAGUUCCAGAGAGUGCCUUGUGGCAUGAGUUGGCCAGAUACCAAUUAAGAUAGAGCCAUGUUUACCAUAGAAGGUGUGAAAUGCUGAGCCACUCCUGACAGUAUGACCUCAGUCUGGGAGAGGCAAAAUAAGCUGAAUCAAUUCGUGACUCCACAGGAAUUGGCUGUGGCUAUCCCAGGAAGAGCCAGACAUUCUGUAUUCUGGUAUUCUGUAUGCCAAAAUAAUUUUGACUCUGUCCUCAGCACUCAAUUUCAAAUACAUUCCCACCUCCCAAAUUUCUACUGCUGCAGAGAGACUGCAAGUGAACAGGGCUAAAAGAGUAAUAACUCCCUCCAAUACAGUUGAGGUAUAUGGGCUCAUGCAAGAACAACUUCUGCAUGGACUGCGUUCAUUCCAUUCACUGAUUGGGCAACACCUGAAGAACAACAAACGGUUCAAUUUCCUUUUCCAUAGUAAUUGUGGAGCUUCUCCAGACCAUUGUUGUGAUCCUCUUCCUCCAGAGCACACAGUGGUAGAGUCAGCCUUUUUCUUCCUUAGACAGAAGCCCUUGUAUCCUCCAUUUUAGUGGUAACCUCACUGGUGGGAGUCUCCCCAGCAUCUCAACUUUUAUCUCUUUCCCUGAAAGCAAUGCAAGAAAGGUCUGGGCUGUAACUACUAACACAGAGGUCCUGUCCAACCAAGAAUUAUGUUUCCAUCAAGGAAGCAUAGUCAAAUCUGUCAUUCCUUCACCAUGCAGGUAUCUUUUUAAGAGUUCCCCCUUUUUGUAUGGUGUUUCUGAAGGCGAGGGGGCUAUUGCAUUCUAAAUCUGUCUGUUGUACAGAGAAGUCCUGCAUACUAAACACUCUGCUCCCUCCAUCACAGCUGGUUAACUAAUCCUUAUUUAGAGCACAGCAAGAACAUCACCAUGUUUACACCAUAACUGACAUUCUGCAUUGUCUGCCCAGGUAAAAGGCACUAUCAGAGGCUUUAUGCUUUCAGAAAAUGUGAGUUAAAAUGUAGAAUCAAUUAAUAUUUGCCAUAAUAAAAUUCUUGCCAAAAGGAAAGGGAACAAAGCAUAGAAUCUGCCAUUUUUUCUAUAAGAGAGAUAAUGCAGAAAUUUAUAAUUAACCAUAGCUACAAGGUAUAAUAGGUUAUAAUAAGUACCCAAAGACAGAUCUGGACUCCUCUGUGGACCUAGAACCCAUUAAACUCCACACGAAGAUGAAGUUCAAGUUUUUAUUGCACAAUAUUCAUAACAAUACAAUGGAAGCUUUAUAUCUAUUAACAGUCAUUUUAUCAAAACAUUAAGAAUUAUUCACAUUCCUACUAAAGAACACAAAAUGCAUUUUCUUCUACUUUUACAGAGAUUUAACUCUUAAUGCCCAUGAUGGUAAUCAUGAUCAAAUUAUUUUAUCCUUCAAUGAGCAGUUAUUCAAUUUUACAGUUAAUCCUAGUAGCUGGUGUAAAUAUGCCAGUACAGGCAGCAAUAAAAUUAUCAUUGGUACAUGACAAUUACAAAUUGUGUCUCUGUCUACUCAAGCUGUGUGGUUUUCUUCACCACACACCACUUCAAAUAAUGCCUUACUCUGGCUUAUAUCACCCCCGGGCUUCUGUUUUCUGUGGAAGUACUGUGCUAAGCAUGUGAGCUGCUUGUUUGGGUGUUUCAACAACAAAAAAGAAGCAUAUAGACAAGCAGCCAGUGAUAGGCUAUAUCUUUUCUGCACACCGCAGGAGCUCUCAAUCCUUUUUGAAGACGCAGAGGUGUGCAAUACUUCAGUACUCCUAAUACUAGAAAACAGAGGAACACUUCUCCAACAGAAGUGCAGUGACACAGAGGAAUUAAGAACUAGAUAAGCAUGUGCUGAUAAGUUGCCAGGGCUGACCUACAAUACACCCACUCUGAUGUCACAGAUGGGAAUCAUGUAGCCAUAUAGAUAUCCCAGCAUUCCUUACUAUUCUCUAUGCUGGUUAGAGGGCUACUGAACUCCUACUCUUCUUUCACAAAGUACAUAUUAUAUUACUCACAACAAAGUGUGCAUUUAUUAAUUUAAAAAGCUGUACACACUACAAAGUUUUACAUACUCACUUUACACAUAUUUACAAUCUUUGAUGUUACUGAUGCCACAUUUGCAAGUGCUCCUGUAUUUUAAAUUUACGAUCAAUACAACUUUUUUUU